AUGAGCUCGGAAAAGCCAAACUUUCGGUCACAGCCAGUUGUGAAGAGCGUUUUCAUGUUUCGCAACGGUGACCCAUACUACAAUGCUCGCCGGAUAGUGAUUAACCAAAAGAGAGUGUGCAACUUUGAGACUUUGCUGAGAGAGGUGACCGGAGGGAUCCAGGCGCCGUUUGGAGCGGUGAGAAACAUCUACACACCGCGAGGCGGCCACAAGGUGGACUGUUUGGAGAGUCUACAGAGCGGGGAGCAGUACGUCGCUGCUGGGAAAGAAAGAUUUAAAAAGCUGGAUUAUCUGCAGAUUGGCUCUAGAAGGAAGAGGAUGUUGCAGACUCUUCCAAUGCAGGCUAAACCACUACCACAGCAUCGAAUCGUUGUAUCAGCUCGAUUCUUGAAACCUAUCAAGGAGCCAUGUCCAAUAUUUAUGGUCGCAAAUGGGGAUGUCUUGAACCCUGCAAUGAGAUUGCUGAUCCACCAGAGGAUGCUGAGCCAGUUUGACAAAAUACUGGAGAUGAUCACAGAGAAGAUGGGUUUGAGAGUCCUGGGCGGUGUGCGAAGUCUCUAUACUUAUGAGGGCCACCAAGUGACUGAUGGGAAUCAGCUGGAGAGUGGUCAACUGUAUGUGGCUGUGGGAAGAGAAAAGUUUAAGAAGCUACCCUACAGUGACCUGCUCUUCACCAAACCUCGCGGGACACAGAGGGUCAAUGGAAUGAAAGCUUAUUCUCUACCACCAAUCUACAGAUUCUCAAAGCAAAAUGGAAAUAGUAAGUCCAUGGUCCGGUGCAGUGAUAGUGGAGAUGGAGACUCCAAGAGCUCUCCUCCAGGCCACAGUGGCAACAACAAGGAACACCUGUCGUCCAUCAUUAGAGAGAUCUCUCAGACCCGACUCAUCUCCCUCAGGAAGAAGAGGAGUGGGCAAAGCAUGACCCUCGGCAUCUCUGACAAUGAUGACCAGGAAUCAAAGGCUGAUGACAAAAACACUGAGGGCAAAUCCCCUCAAAUGGAGCAGCCUAAGGAGAAACCUGCAGUCGUUGAUACAAAAGCUUCAGAGGAGAAUGGUGAAAAGGCAGAGGAUAAAGAGGAAACUUCUGCUGAAAAUACCACUGGAAACGAUACUUCAGCCAGCAAAGAAGAGAUGAAAGAAAAUGAAGAGACACAUAGUCAAGUAGAGGGAGAAAAGAAGAAGGAAAAUGAGGAGACAAGUAGUCAAAUGGAGGGAGAAAAGAAAAAUGAAAAUGUGGAUACGAGUAGUCAGAUAGAGGGAGAAGAGAAGAAGGAAAAUGAGGAGACAAGUAGUCAGAUAGAGGGAGAAGAGAAGAAGGAAGAUGAGGAAACAAGUAGUCAGAUAGAGGGAGAAGAGAAGAAGGAAAACGAGGAGACAAGUAGUCAAAUAAAGGGAGAAGAGAAGAAGGAAAAUGAGGAGACAAAUAAUGAAAAAGAAGGACAAGCAACAGUGGAACCUGAAGAGAAGGAGAAGGAGCAGAGCUCCAGCAGUAAUAACAAUGAUAAGACUCAGGACAGAAAAGAGACAGAGGAUUCAUCUUCUGGGGGUGAGAACAAUGAGCAAGACAAAACUAUUGAAGAGACACAAGAUACAGUCAGUGGAAACAAACAGGAAAGCAGCAAAGACCCAGUUAAUGAUGAAGACACAGGGAAGCAACAUAAAGAGAAAGAAAACAGCAAUGACCCAGGGAAGACUCAGUCAGAUAAUGAGACAAAAGAGAACAAUAACAGCAGAAGUAGCAGUAGAAACAGUAACCAGGAGGAAAGUGUGAGCAAAACAAAAGAGGAUGCUACCAAAGAGGCAGUACAAGAGGAGAGACAGGUAAAUGGAGAUGUCAGUGGAGAAGAUGAUGAGGUGGAAAGUGAAGGAGAGCAGGAGGUGGAAGAGAAAAACUCAGCCAGUCACAAAGAUGCCACAGCAAAUGGAAAGAAAGGGGAGAAUGAUGAUAGUGAGAAUCAAGAUAAAAGCAGAAAAGCAGAAGAUUAG